AUGUCGCUCCGGACGCUGCCGUUGCUGUUCGUGAACCUGGGCGGAGAGAUGCUGUACAUCCUGGACCAGCGGCUCCGCGCCCAAAACAUCCCGGGAGACAAGGCCCGGAAAGAUGAUUGGACAGAUGCAGAUCGAAAGCGAGUGAUGAACGACAUCAUCAGCACCACGUUUAAUAAGAAAUUCAUGGAAGAGCUGUUCAAAUCUCAGGAACUCUACUCCAAGAAAGCUCUGAGAACAGUGUUUGAUCGCCUGGCCCACGCAUCCAUCAUGCGACUAAACCAGGCCAGCAUGGACAAGCUCUACGACCUAAUGACCAUGGCAUUCAAAUACCAAGUGCUGCUGUGCCCUCGGCCGAAAGACAUCUUGUUAGUGACUUUCAAUCAUAUGGACGCAAUCAAGGAAUUUGUUCAUGACUCUCCAAGUAUUCUCAAUCAGGUGGAGGAGACCUUUCGACAACUCGUCGAGAGCUACAGCAGCCUACCUGCAGGGGAGUUCCAGCUCAUCAGGCAGACACUGCUAAUCUUCUUUCAGGACAUGCACAUCCGGGUUUCCAUCUUUUUGAAGGAUAAAGUUCAGAACUCUAAUGGGCGUUUUGUGCUGCCAGUCUUCGGUCCUGUUCCUUGGGGAACUGAAGUUCCUGGACUGAUCAGAAUGUUUAACUUCAACGGAGAAGAAGCGAAACAAAGCGAGUUCCCAACCACGAACGGCUACACCUGUGCCCUGAGAGAAGGCUCCUUUGAUCUUUUUGGUGACAGAGUCAUUAAGCUCGGUACCAAUAUGUACAGUGUUUCCCGACCCGUGGAGACGCAUAUGUCUGGUGCAUCGAAGAGCUCAUCCGUGCAUGCAAAGGAGAAUACAGCACCCAACCCCCUGGCCAAGGAAGAGUUGAACCUGUUGGCACGGCUGAUGGGAGGCCUGGAGGGGAAGCAGACUGUAGCCAUGGAGCCAGGAUUCCGCUUAAACCUUUUCAGCACAGACGAGGAGGAAAAACAAGCAGGAACCUUGAGACCUCUCGAACUUUCUUAUAAAGUUGUCAACAUACAAGCCACUCAGGACCAGCAACAGCACGGAGAACUGGCUCGGAUUAUGGGAGAGUUUCACGUCCAGGAGGAGCCUCAAUCAAGUGCCAAUAAAGGAGAUGAGCUGCUGGCUCUGAUGGAUGACCUUUGACUUCCUGAUGCCUGGGGAUUUUGUGUUUUACACACAAGUGACUUUUGCCAACGGAUCGCAAUCUCACCAUCCGAGUGAACUAACUCUGCUGCUCCUCUCUGAGAGCAUGGUAUUGGCUCCUCUUUCUGUGGGCCUCUAUACACAAUGCCAACCAAAAAUAUGAUCCUUUCAAAUAGUACCUGUAGCCAUUACACCAGACACUGGUCUUAUUCGCUUGCCAAGCAGAUAAUAAUGAGAUCACAGUGUAGGGAAGGGACCAGAUUCAUUCAGUGUUCGUCAGUGAGAGGGCAUGUUUGCAUAGGAUCCCAAAGUUUUAUUUUAACAUUAUAUUUAUUUUGAUGGAAAACUGAAAAUCUGGAGAUUUACUGGUGAAGCUGGGCCUUGAAUAAGCUGGGUGGCCAUCAAAGUGACAGGCAGGAGUGUAGAAGAGAUCAGUGGGACUGACUGGCAGGCAGGCAGGAGUGUAGAAGAGAUCAGUGGUUACACAUCUGUAUCUAUCCAAAUAGCCGUCCAGCAGUAGAGAGCUUCUUCACUCACAGUUAUGCUCUUGUAGAGUAAAAUAUUCUAUGUAGCUUGCUGCUCGCAGGUACUGUGCAUUGCUGAAUACUAUACCACUGCCAGAGCUACUGUUUACACGAGAAGGCCAAUUGAUGAAAGAAGAGUAUGUUCCUCUUUGGCAAAGCAACUCUGAGCCCAAGCAGCUCGGAGUAUAAAUAAACCUGGUUUCACUGUUCCACACUACACUUGGUUGUUCACAAUCCAAACACAAAGUCUCACAACAUAAAAUCCUGAUCCAUCAUGUAGCAAAUGUGUGAGGAACUGCUCUUGUCUCGAGUGUAAAAUCGUAGUUUGUAGUGUGUUUUCUCCUGACAUUGUGUGCUUUAUGCUGAUCUCACAGCUGUGUCACUGUCUAAAAGCAAAUAGCAUCCAGUCCUGAUUCUCUUACACAAACCUAAUCUGGAUGGAGUCUGAGUUUGGAAAUAAUAGAAAACAUACUCCUAGCUUUUAAACAGCUGACCAGAAAACUAUCAAAUUUGUGUGAAAAAAAUGCUUGUGACUUGGUCCCAUCUGUACAGUAUUUAUAAAUGUAUGUACUGUUUCAUGUAAAGAAGAAAUGGCGAUUACAUAAUGAUUGUAGGCUGGGUGAGUAAUACUGAGGGAUCUCUGUGUAUAGACACCUUUAUCUACUGCAAUUCAGUCAAUCGGAUCUUCCCUUCACAAAUCCAUGCUGGGUAUCUCUUACCAAUUCCAUCUUCCCUAAAUAUUUCACAAGGACAUUGAUAUAACCUCAGGCAGUUUCCUAACAACUGAAGUGAGACUCACCAGGCUAUUAUUUUCUGCCUCUUUUCCUU